GGCCGGGCUGUGGGCGGCGGGCGGCGGCCGCGACGGGGUCAGGCGGGGGCCGGGGCGGCGAUGCUGCAGCUGCGGGACUCGGUGGACUCGGCGGGCACCAGCCCGACGGCGCUGCUGGCGGCGGGCGAGGAGGUGGCGGCGGGCGGCGGGCUCCGGCCGGGGACGGGCGCGCCUCUGCGCCAGACGCUGUGGCCGCUCAGCGUCCACGACCCCACGCGCCGCGCCCGCGUCAAGGAGUACUUCGUGUUCCGGCCCGGCACCAUCGAGCAGGCGGUGGAGGAGAUCCGAGCGGUGGUCCGGCCGGUGGAGGACGGCGAGAUCCAGGGGGUGUGGCUGCUGACCGAGGUGGACCACUGGAACAACGAGAAGGAAAGGCUGGUGCUGGUCACGGACCAGUCGCUGCUCAUCUGUAAAUACGACUUCAUCAGCCUUCAGUGCCAGCAGGUGGUCAGAGUGGCGCUUGGGGCGGUGGACACCAUCUCCUAUGGGGAAUUCCAGUUCCCCCCAAAAUCGCUCAACAAGCGAGAAGGCUUUGGGGUUCGCAUCCAGUGGGACAAGCAGAGCCGCCCUUCCUUCAUCAGUAGGUGGAACCCCUGGUCCACCAGCGUGCCCUACGCCACUUUCAUAGAGCACCCGAUGGCAGGGGUGGACGAGAAGACGGCCUCUCUGUGCCAAUUGGAAAGCUUCAAGGCUUUGUUAAUCCAAGCUGUCAAGAAAGCCCAGAAAGAAAGUCCUUUGCCAGGACAAGGCAACAGCGUGCUGGUUUUGGAGCGCCCACUCUUCAUCGAGACCUACGUGGGGCUGAUGUCCUUCAUCAACAAUGAGGCCAAGCUGGGUUAUUCCAUGACCAGAGGGAAAAUAGGCUUCUGAAUGUGGCCCGGUGGGCGCACCGCACCCUCCAGGCGGGCUGGUGGGUGGGGCGCGGGGAGCGUGGCCUCGUGCAGGGGUCUGAGCACAGUUGGAAUAGUGCAGUGAAUUCUAUGUAUUUAGUCAGGUUUCGGAUGCUGGCUGAUGUGAGCUUCCAGAAGCAUAAAGGUGAGCUGCCAGGCCGCCCGUGUCCCAGGUUCUUCCCAGCCCCGCCCUCCCGCACGCUGAGCGAGCGUGGCCCGCAGCCGUCCAUCCGCCCUGCAGUGCCCACACUGCACACUGUGGAAGGCGGGGGUCCUACUGUCUCAGUGCCUGCACUACUGCACAGACGACGUUUACACUCGGCGUCGAGUUUUGUAUCCAAUUCAAUCCACUUUUUAAGCUCAAUGCUAAAGCUGCUGCCAGCAGACUGGUCACACGCAAGACGCAGCCUGGGCCUGCUGUGGCUCUUGUAAAUAUGUUCAGCUUAAAGUCACCCUCUUCCUAGAGUCCAUCCAAAUUGUGUUAGUUAUUGGCAUCUUACCCAGGCAUACAAAGAUUAGUUCUUUACACAAUUGACAACUCGAGGGAGUCGCCAUUGAUCAUUAUUUGCACAGUUUUGACAGCUAGAUGUAUCCUAAGUUUGUGUUCUGUUCGUGUUUAAGGGGACUGGGGAGUUUGCUUCCUAAAGAUGCACUUUCAUAAAAGGGCCACAUUAGACCCCCCUGGAGCAGUGUCCCCCCCCCCCCCCCCGUUCCUGCAGCCCCUGCCUCGUUCCUGGGCGGCGUCUGAGGCUCUGUAAAUGGGCGAGCUUUGGUGAGUCCCCUGCACCCUCAGCUUUCCGUGUUGCUGAAGCCCUUGGUAAAGCUCCGUGGCUGCGGACCACGUCCCCAUUCCCGGAGCCCACUGGCGGGCAAGAGGAAGGCCCCACUGACUCGGGUCUCCGGCUUUGGUCUUGUAGUAAAGAUGUUUAGAA